AUGACCGAGGUUACAUCCAAGGACUCUGCCGAUGUUGGCUCGAUCGAGUCGUCGGUCAAGGACGACAAGCGCGAUGCUGCCAAGGCCGCCGAAAAGCAGGCUGCCGAGGAUGUCGCCGACGAAGACGAGGACGAUGAGGAGGAUGAAGACUUUGAGGAGGGUGAUGAAGACGAUGACGAAGAAGGUGAUUACGAGGAGGAAGAUGACGAUGAAGUUGCCGCCGGCGACGACGAUGACGACGAAGAAGACGCACAAGACGAUGACGAGGAGGAAGCUGGUGACGACGAUGAAGAAGACGAGGAAGAUGAGGAGGAGGAGGACGACGAUGCGCAAACUAGCAACAAGAGGAAAGCGGAUGACGACGACGACGCAAACGACGACGACUCCAAAGCCCCAAAGACGGAUGAAUAA